AUGCCAGCAAGAACUGUUGUAUUUACUAAUGUAAAAAAAUAUGAUGGAAAAGAAACGAGAUAUCUUAGACCAGGAGAGUAUAUUCAAAUGAGUGGAAGAGCUGGAAGAAGAGGAAAAGAUGAUCAAGGAACAGUUAUUUUAAUGGUAGAUCAAAAAAUAGAACCAACGGUAUUAAAAAAUAUGAUUUUUGGAAAAGCAGAUCCAUUAACAUCAUCAUUUUAUUUAGGAUAUAAUAUGCUUUUAAAUUUAAUGAAACUAGAAGCAGCAGAUCCAGAAGGAUUAAUUUCUAAAUCAUUUAGACAAUUCCAAACAAAUAAUAAAUUACCUGAAUUACAAAAGAAAUUAAAAGAAUUAGAAGAAAAAGAAAAAACAUAUAUUUUUACACAAGAAGAUAUUGUUAAACCAUUAUAUCAUCUUAAAUUAGCUAUUGAUCAACAUAAUGAAAAUAUUCAUGAAGCUAUUUAUAAAGAAGCAGUUUUAUUACCAUUUUUAGUUGAUGGAAGGUUAGUUCAUAUUGUAGAUAAAAAUACAUUAUUUGAUUUUGGUUGGGUACCUGUGUUAGCAGAUAGAAAAAGAAAAGUUGGGACUGUUAGUGUUAUUGUUUCAUUAAAGAAAGGAGCAUUACAACCAACUCCAGGAGAAUUAGGAAAAGGAGGAAAUGCAGGAAUUACAUCAUUUAAUAUUGAAUGUAUUUCAGAAGUAUCUACAUUAAGAUUAGGAUUACCAGAUAAUGUUAGAGACAAUUUAGACACAUUUUUAUUUAAAAUUAAUAAUGCAAUUAAAAAGAAAUAUCCAGAUUUUAACUUACCUGUAUUAGACCCUAUUAAUGAUAUGAAAAUUACUGAUCAAAAUGUUAUAGAAUCAAUUAAAAAAAUUAAAGAAUUAAAAGAAAGAUGGAAACAAGUUCAAUGGGAUGAUAUUACUAGAAAAGAAUUUGAUAUGUUUGUUGAAAGAGAAAAUAUUCGAGAAGAAAUUAGUGUAUUAAGGUCUACUGUUGUCCAAUCAAAAGAUGUUAUAUUAAAAGAUGAACUAAGAGGAAUGAGAAGAGUAUUAAAAAGAUUAGGAUAUGUUAGUGAAGAUGAUAUCAUUCAAACUAAAGGAAGAGUUGCUGCUGAACUUUCUGCUGGAAAUGAAUUAUUAUUAACAGAAUUAUUAUUUAGUGGAGUAUUUAGUACAUUAAAUGCAAAACAAGCAACUGCUUUAUUAGGAUGUUUUGUAUUAGAUGAAAAACCAAAAGAACAAGUUCAACCUCCAAAAGAUUUAGAAGAAAGUUUUGCUCUUAUUAUUACUAAUGCUACACGUAUUGCAAAUAUUAUGGCAGACUGUCGAUUGAAUAUUAAUGUUAAUAAGUAUAUUGAACAAUUUAGACCAACAAUGUUACCAAUUGUUGAGUCAUGGUGUGAUGGAAUGACUUUUGCUCAACUAAUUCAGGGAAGUGAAUUAUUUGAAGGAAGUAUUAUUCGUGGAAUGAGAAGAUUAGAAGAGCUUUUAGUUCAAAUGACUGAUGCAAGUAAAUUUAUGGGAAAUCCAGACUUAGCAAAGAAGUUUGAAGAAGGGGUUACAUUGAUUAAGAGAGAUAUUAUUUUUGCUGCUUCUCUUUAUAUUUGA